AACGACCCUAGCUGGUUACCGCUUUUGUAUUCCACUUCAUAUGACUCGAGUUCGCUAGUCUAUCGAUUGAAACCCAGAUUGGGUGAUUCCCCCUUCUCUAUCCAUCUGACCCCUCAGAUUCCCUCACUUCUUCUCGACUCUUAACCAGGCACAUUCAAACAACAAAUCAGCACCGACGUGGGGAUGUUUGCGGCGGGACCAUCGAUCAACAAAUCGACAAGCGGAGCUGAAGCCUGCUUGUCGUCUUUUGGAGCUCUUCGAUCACGGCCGUAGUGAUGGUGACUGAGGGUCAAUGGCAUAGGACAACGACGAAGGUUGAUAGAUGUGGUGGUGGUUGGCGAAAUCUGGAUGCUGCUUAGGAUGCUAUGCGUCGGCGGUUGAGGGUGGAAUGAUUGGAGUAAUAAGGUCGGUCAGAGAAGAAGGAAGAAGAGUUGAAUGGAGGGUAGGUUUUGGAAUAAAUAAAAGAAGAACGAGAGAUUUAGAAAUAGCUGAUGGUGAUCAGCUAUUUCUAAAACCCACGAUUGAGAGUUUUAAAAUUCCUAAUUGUAAAAUCCUUCAUCUUUCCCAAACGCAUAAUUGUAUUAAAAUCCUGAAGAAUUAGAGAUUGUGUUUAAAUCCUUCUGAAAUCACUCAUCCAAAUCUCUAAUCCAAACGACCCCCGAGAUUCUUUCUCGAAACAUUCUAAACCAGGAAAUCGCCAUCCUACUCCGUUCUCUAUCUCAAGUCUCAACCCCUCCCCAAAAAUUUCCUCAAAUGAUCCUCAGCGGCUCAGCCCACUCCCCCAAUCUAAUCGCUUCCUUGUUGUGAAACCAUAACAUGCAAUCAUCCGCCGUAUCCCCAACUCCGUCGUCGCUGUUCCUGCAGAAAUCUCACCCUUUCCCGCCUAAAUUCAACUUCCUCCUCCGCCGGAACCCACUUCUUUGCCGGCGUACCCGUCGGAAAAUGGCUUCCUCUGCUUCUGAGUUUAGUAUAAAGUCGCAAUUUAGUGCAGCUUCGGAGACUGUCGAUGGAGCCUACACUUUGAUAGAAUACAUGGGAAAGGGAGGAAUCGGUUUGGGAGAUGAUUUAGUUGUUCUGUUUGAUCAUUUACAGUACGCUUGCAAGAAAAUUAGUGCGGUCGUAGCUUCCCCUUUCAACUCCAACCUCGGAAAGCAUAACAAGGCAGCUGGCAGCGUUGGUUCGGAGAGGGAUGCACCGAAACCGCUCGACACAGUGUCCAACGAGAUCAUAUUGUCAUGCCUUCGAAAUUCGGGAAAGGUCGCCGUCAUGGCUUCUGAAGAAGAUGACAAGCCGGUUUGGAUACAGGAUGAUGGAGCAUUUGUGGUGGUAACAGAUCCCCUUGAUGGUUCCAGGAACAUAGACGCCUCCAUUCCAACAGGAACUAUAUACGGGGUAUACAAGCGCCUGGUGGAACUUGAUCAUCUACCUCAAGAGGAGAAGGCUAUGCUCAAUUCCUUACAGAGUGGAACUAGACUAGUAGCUGCUGCUUACAUUCUCUAUUCAUCUGCUACCAUACUUUGCACCAGCUUUGGUUCUGGAACGCAUGCAUUUACCUUGGAUCGCACUACAGGGGAUUUUGUUCUGACGCAUCCUGGGAUUCAAAUUCCUCCUCGAGGCCAAAUUUACUCUGUGAACGAUGCACGGUAUUUUGACUGGCCUGAAGGAUUAAGGCAUUAUAUCGAUACUGUGAGGCAAGGGAAAGGAAGACAUCCUAAGAAAUAUUCGGCCCGUUACAUAUGCUCCCUUGUUGCUGAUUUGCAUCGCACAUUGCUGUAUGGUGGUAUUGCAAUGAACCCAAGGGAUCAUCUUCGGCUUGUUUACGAGGCUAAUCCACUGAGUUUUCUGGUGGAGCAAGCCGGUGGGAAAGGUUCCGAUGGUAAGGGUAGGAUUCUUUCCCUCCAACCGGUGAAGCUGCAUCAAAGACUUCCUCUGUUUCUUGGAAGUCCAGAGGACAUAGACGAGCUGGAGAGUUAUGGAGAUGUUCAGCAGAGAGUAAAUCCUGGUUACGAAGUUUGAAUGUCAUUCUUAUCGCAACUCGUAUGGACUUUAAAAUCUUAAUGGACUCUCGAGAUCUUAGUCUUUGGCCUUUUCCGUCUUUGAUAAUGUGAAGGGGGUCUGCUUCCUCUUGCCUGCUAAUCUGAAAUCUCCAUGGCUGUCGACGAUCAGCGGCAAGCUGACGUGAGUUGUGUUUAUGGCUGUUUAGUGUCGCAACUCGUAACAUGCUAUGCUGGAUGCGCUAGUGCCUAGUGCCCUUUGUAGAUAAUUCUGGUAUCUUAUGCAAGUAUCUGUGUGUUCCCAUCGCUACUUAUUUUUGUCUAGCGUAAAUAAUAGUUAGUAUACCUUUAGUAUCAUCUAUUCAACCAUGUAUUCAACCAUCCUAUGUUCAUACCAACAUGAUAGUCUUUUCAUAUCAUAUGAUGCUCUUAUUUCAAUACCAGUCAAUAUCAUAUGGUAUAAACGGAUAAAAAAUGA